CAAGACAUUUGGUAAUUUUCUGCUACAUACUAAAGAAGAGUUUCAAAUUAAUUCUGAAUCAAGUAGUGAACUUCAAAUUCAGAAAUUCAAAAUGAAAGAGGCCUUUACACCAUGCCAAACUCUAUUUGUCUUACUGAUGACCAGCAGAUGUCUUUGCUUAUUAAGACUUCCGUGCAAAUUCUACGCUGACUUCAGCAUUAUCCUGAACAAUACUGCUGACACAGGGACAGUCAUGAAAACAAUUUCUUCAAGGACAGUGCGACAGUGCACCCUCGAAUGUCUUUCUUGGCCUAAGUGUCUCUCUUUGAAUUACAAUCGUGGGACGAUGACUUGUGAGCUACUGGAAAGAAGGUUCAACGAGAGCGUUGCGCUGUUGACGGAAAGGGAGGGCCAGGUGUACAUGACAACAGACGAUGGGAAAAUAAAUAAUGGACCUGUUUGUGAGAUUAAAUCUCCUUGCGAAAAUGGUGCGAAGUGCAAAGAUAUAUGUGAUGAAAAGGGGUACAAGUGCAUAUGCGCCCCACUUUAUUACGGAACACAUUGUGAGAAGUUGAAACAAGAUUGUGGAGACGUGAGAAAGUCUGGAAAAACGGUUAGCGGAGUCUACGAAAUUAAACCGGAUCACAAUUGGAAAGCCAACGUCUUUUGUGACUUUGUAUAUGGCAGUCAAGAUUGGAUCGUCUUUCAAAGAAGAAUAGACGCCAGUGUCGACUUUUAUCGAAACUGGACGUCAUACAAAAAUGGAUUUGGGGAUACGAGUGGAAAUUUUUGGAUUGGACUUGAUACAUUGCACAGACUGGCUGCUCCAGGGAGAGGGGCUAUUCUACGGGUCGACAUGAAACACCGCAACAGUCCAACCUCUCAGUAUUAUGCAGAGUAUUCUUCAUUUGAAGUUGGUGACGAAGCAUCUGCUUACAAACUGCUUUCACGUGGAUACUCAGGUAAUGCCGGUGACUCCAUGGCGAUUCAUGAUGGCAUGAAAUUCACAACAUACGAUCGAGACAAUGAUAACAGUGAUGGGAAUUGUGCCAACCGCUGGAAUGGAGCAUGGUGGUACAAUGUAUGUCACCAUGUGAAUUUAAAUGGACUCUUCCCAACAACAAGCACAACAAGUCCAGCAUACAUGAGUUGGCUUGGAAUUUAUGGAAGUCAUGGCAACAUAAUAUUUUCAGAAAUGAAGCUGAAAUAUCACAGAGGAUCUCGAUAAAACAAAAGAAUCCACAAAAUGGAGGAUUAUACAGAAUUGUCUUGGUGCGGUGAUUUUUUGGCUGAUGACAAGAGGAUUUUUAGAUAAACUUUAACACAAAUUGCUUGUAAAAUGAUUUUGCACCUUUUAUUGUAAACUUGUUGUUGCUGUUGCCAGCAUCAAAGCUGGUGUAAAAAAUUUCUAAACACGUUUAUUUGGACAAAAUGAUGUGAAUGUAGAUAUGAUAAAAUGUCACUUGAAACCCGGCAGGCUCAGUCAGUUGAUCCAAUGAAUAUCAUGUGUGUUCCCGAAAGUAGAAACUGGACCCUAAUCUCUGAUUCUGGUUUACAUAAAGGUUACCCUUUUCUCUGACUUUCCCAAGAUUUUGUUACCCUUUUCACUGGGAAUUUUCAAGCUUGAUCAAGUAUUUUUGAAACCAUGUCAUGUACGAGCCAUUCUUUUUUCAAACUUAUGUCUAAAGGAAAAUUAGAGAGCAGAAUUCACUAAAUUUGAUUUUAACAAUAAUUCCUUAUGGUUCUUGUUUUAUAAGAAAUGGAAAAGUUGUGUCAAAUUCAAAAUAAUACUUUGUAAUGAGUACAAACUAACAAAGACUUAAACAAAGGCUUAAUAUUCUUAUCUAGGUUUAGAACAAUAGACAUAACUAAAUGCUACUGCAAAAUUCUAUGGAUUACAGUACUAUAAUAGAAUGCUACUUCAAUAGCCAUUGAUUUACCAAAAUUAUCAGUAACAUUAUAGCUGUAAAUUCUUCUCCUUUAUGUGUUUUCUCUGACUGAGUAAAAUAGCAACCCUAUUUUAAGAUUCUAUGUCCCAAGAUUUUAGCUUUCAGACCACCCUAUCUCAGAGUUUUUCGGAACUCGCAUGAUAUCGGGGGGGGGGGUACCUUAACAUGUUUUAAGGUACGGGGACGUGCCAUUAUUUAGGGGUACCUUUUUUCUGAAAAGUGCGGAAUUAUUGGUAUCAGUCUUUGAAAUUUGUGCGGAACUAUGGGUACUAUUUGAAGAAACAUGCAAAAUUAUGGGUGCCAUUUUUGGGAAGUAUUGCAAAAUUAUUAGGAGGGAGAUUUAGUUUUAACAAAAUGAACGUCCAUUUAGAAAUAAAAGUAUGAAAUAUGUGUAAUAUUGAGAUUUUAGGAUAGGACAUGCAAAGUUUGAUUGAUGUUUUUUUGUGUGCUUUAAAAGAUUUAUUUGCUCUGCAGAAUAAUGGUUAUAGUUUUCAUUAUGUUUGCGGAAUUUUAGGUCAUAUUUUUUCAGACAUUUGCUGAAUUAUGGUCCGAAAUUUUAACCAAAUGGCACAUCCCCGUCCAAAAUUAGGCAUAGUUUACCCCCGGAGCACAUGAUAUACGUUUGACCAACAGAUUGAGCCCUCCGGUACUUGACAUGACUCUGACAAUUAGGUAUCUCUUUAAUUCACUGCUCUGAUUUUGUCUGCAUGUCUGUUUGUGCUGUAUCUCUGCAACCCCCUUCAAAUGGUGCUUUGCUUCAUCAAUGCAAGUAGACAAGUGCCUUCGCGCCCUUCGGCACUUUUAACUUGAUAACAACACCACUUCAUCCACGUUUCAAAAAGAAAGAUCCAAAAAGACAGUGUUUUAUCGUAUUAAGAACAAUGCUUAUAGACACUGAGCAUCUGCUAAACACGGAAGAGCAUUGGCGGGAUGUUUCUAGAGAGGAGACUUACCUGAAACUUAGAGUUAAAAAGUUGAAGAUUUGUAUCGUGCGAGAAUCGUUUCUUCAAAUCACAUGGAUUACUGCUCUUCUGAAAUCUCAAGUCUACUAUUAGCAGAAGCGGACUGGCCCACCGGGACACCGGGAAAUUUCCCGGUACGCCGUUUGCCCCUAAGUUUUUUUUUCAAAAACUUGAAAACCUUCAAAAGGCAACUAACCUUCUGAUAAAACUAUAACUGAUUACAAUCAUAAAUUGACCUCCUAUCUAAAGUACGUUUCCAUUAAAAGUUUAGAAAAUUCAUUGAAGACGAUGUUUUCAUCAGCAGUUUCUGUAAGAUUUUUGAAAACCUCGAGAAAAACAUAUUUUGUCUU